AUGAACUCCACGCUAAGAUCGGAGGUCAAAUCCUUCGAGCUCACCUUUCACAAGACAAACAGAGAAAUGGUGAUCCAUUCCUACCUUCCCCACAUCGCAAGCCAAGCCAAGAUGAGGAAACAAGAAAACAAAACCAUCAAGGUCUUCACGGUGGAUUAUGAGAAUAUGUACAACAUCAACGAUAUAUGGAAGCCCGUGACGCCGGAUCACCCUGCUACAUUCGCCACUCUGGCCAUGGAUGUCCAUCAGAAAGAUGUGAUUUUGAAGGAUGUGGACAGAUGUCUGCAGCGGAGGAAGUAUUAUCGCAAGGUCGGCAAGGCCUGGAAGAGAGGCUAUAUGCUCUAUGGCCCACCGGGGACUGGCAAAUCCAGCUUCAUUGCCGCCAUGGCCAGUUAUUUGAACUUUGAUGUCUACGAUUUGGAGCUCAUGGAGCUGCGCCAGAACUCUGAUCUGCGGAAGCUGCUGCUCGCCACCGCCAAUAAGUCCAUUUUGGUGGUGAAGGAUAUCGAUUGCACCAUCUGGACCCCAGCCUGCUGGUCCUCGACGAGCCGACGUCAGGGCUCGACGCCACGACGACCUGCUGCCUCAUGGCGGCACUGGGGGAGCUCGCGGCGAGGGGGAAAAUGGUGGUGA